AUGGCCUCCUCUGCUGUCCCCUCUGUUGCUGCCAACACUAAUCCCGCUCUCGGUGGCCUCUCUGGUCCUAUCACUAGUGUCACACCUAAAUUGUUUACUCCCAUUACAUCCAAAUCUGUCACUCUUCAGAACCGUAUUGUUGUUCCUCCCAUGUGCAUGUACAGUGCUAUUGAUGGUUUCAUGAAUGAUUUCCAUGUCUCUCACUAUGGAUCAUUUGCACUUAGAGGCCCUGGCAUGAUUAUCAUUGAAGCCACUGCUGUUGAAGACAGAGGUAGAAUCUCGCCCAACGAUCUCGGCCUUUGGAAAGACGAGCAAAUUCCCCAAUUGAAGCGAGUUGUUGAUGUGAUAAAAUCUCAGGGCGUCGUUUCUUCCAUUCAGUUGGCUCAUGCUGGCAGAAAGGCAAACAUGGGAUCCGGGUGGUGCAAUGGCGGGUACCAUAACGUAUCGGAACAAGACGGUGGUUGGCCCAAUAAUGUGGUUGGCCCUUCUGAUAAUGCCUUUGAUGAACAUCAUGCUGACGUCCGUGCAUUAACCGUCCCUGAAUUACAAGCCAUUGCUCAAAAGUGGGCGGAUGCUGCCAUUCGUGCUGACAAGGCUGGUAUUGAAGUCCUCGAAAUCCACAGUGCUCAUGGCUAUUUGCUCCACAACUUUUUGUCUGGUAACUCCAACAAGCGUACUGAUCAAUAUGGCGGUUCUCUUGAAAACAGACUUCGUUUCCCAUUAGAGGUGGUGCAAGCUGUUCGCAAUGUCUGGCCUUCCGAAAAGCCUCUUUGGGUCCGCUUCUCUGCUACUGAUUUCAAGAACAUUGAGACUUUGGGAUCUGAUGUCGAUGGCUGGGAUAUUGAUCAAGCUAUUGAAUAUGCCAAGGCUUUGAAAGAAAUCGGCGUGGAUGUCAUUGAUGUCUCUUCAGGUGGUAACUUGCCCAACAUCAACUACCCUGCCAAACCUCUGUAUCAAGUUCCUCUUGCCAACGCUGUUAAGCAUGGUGCUAACAUUGCUACUGGUGCUGUUGGUACCAUCACUGAGCCCAAGGACGCUGAAAGUAUUUUGGAAAAGGACGAGGCUGAUUACAUUCUAGUCGGUCGUGAACAUUUGCGCAAUCCUGCUUGGACUCAGCGUGCUGCCCAUGAACUCGCUAUCAAUGUUCAAUGGACAAACCAAUAUGGCCGUGCUAACCGUGAAAGAUUCUAG